AUGCUGGACUGCCCUUUGGGCAUGAUGGCGGCAGCAACUGCGCCAGAGGCACAGCAGCCGGCGCAUGCACAGCUUCUGCAGAUCGCCACAAAUUCCAGCGAUCCUGAUUUGGCGCCCUGGCUCUGCUGGCUGCUUGCUGGCGCGCAAAAACUGGCCGCGGCCGAGCUGAAUAUUCCGUGCAUUCCCCCGGGCCUCCCAGCGAUGCCAAACCUGGCGCACCUCAUCCUGCGCUGCCAGCGGACCUGCCUCGCAGACAUCCAAUCAGCGCUGCAGGCCGCGCCAAAUCUGGAGACGCUGCUGCUCGGCCAGGACUGGUGCUGGGAGGAGCCCUCAACCGAUGACAGCACUGCUUGGGACGUCAUUGUGCCUCUGCGCCUUAGGCAUCUUUCCCUGGAGAACAUCUGCCCGAGCUCCUUAAGCCUGCCGGCGGGCUGCACGGUGAGCUUCAGCGGGCAGCUAAGGAGGCUGGAAGGCAUGUUCGGGGCAGCCGGGUGGAAGCUGCGCGGCGGCUGCCUAAAGAUGCUGGACGCCUUUGGCUUCUGCCACGGGGGGUUGGCAUUUAAGUACCCCAAUGUGGCCGCGAACUUGGGCACUGUUGAAGUGCUGCGGCUGCGAGAGAGCCCCUUCUGCACCGUGUCAUCAUCUGCGGAGGAAUGGACCCUCGGCCCGCUGCCUGCUGAGUCAACCGCAUGCAUCACCACCCUGCACAUCUCUGCGCAAGACGUCGCGGUCAUUGUGCUGUUGUGGCCUGCCCUGCGCCAUGUGAAGCUGGACGCGCACAUGACACUGUCUCUCGACUAUGAGGAUGUCGAGGCCUCAGCCGCCGCGCUGGAAUCCUUCGAGUAUUCAGACAACGUGAAGGAGCGAGCAGGGCUAAAGAGGUUUCAGAGCGUGCUGGCGGCCCAAGGGAGGCGCAUCGUUUCUAAGGGACGGGGAUACAAAGCCCCCAAGGCCAUGGAGCAGCCAGCUGAUGGAGUCACAGAUGUAUCAGAGCUGUGCUGCUGCGGCUGUUGCACUGGGUGCCUGUUUGGCGCUGGAGCCUUGCCGGAUGCGCGCUCUGUGAGGGAGAUUGUGCCCCUCAGGAGUGAUGGGCACCAGGGUGAGAGUGACUUUUCGGAUGAAGAUGAAGAGAGUGAGGAUGAAGGCGACUAUGAGGAGGAAGGCAGCGAAGAUGAGUACAGUGAUGAGUCAGAUGAGGACAUGUAA